CUUCCUAAUUGAUUUUUUAUAUUCUCACAAAAAAAAAAAAAGAAAUCUAUAUCGUAAAGUUUCUUUUCUUCCCUUCAUCCUUCUUUCUUACUCUUCUUUCUUUUCCUUUUCGGCUGUCUGUUAUCCUACUUUUUUUAUUAUCAUGCCGCCGCGCAUUGAUUCAUCAUCCUCUUUACAAAGUUGCGAUCUAUGUAAACGCAAAAAGGUCUCUUGUAAUGGGGAACGGCCAUGUACCAACUGCUAUAAUAGUAACGAAUGCAAAUAUUCUAUUGAACGGCAUCGGCCUACGUUACUUGCCUCUAGUGUUCCUCAGUCGCGUCGACUUAGUUCAGGUUCUGCAUGCGAAACCUGUCGUCGUCGAAAAACUAAAUGUGAUGGCCAACAACCCUGUAAUUAUUGUUCAACCAAUGGAAUAGAAUGUUUAAAUAAUUCGGAACGAAGGAAGAGAGGCUUACCACCAGUCAUUCCUAUAAAAAACCAAUCGGGUCAUAAGCGAGGAAAUCAGGAGACGGCAGCCACCUCGAAUGGGUUUGAAGCAACCCGAUCCAUUCAGAUGAUAGAUCAUCAUGUAAUUGUCAAGAAUGAUCCAGCACGCAGGAGGCCAAUAGGUAGAAGUGUUAUUGGCGGUCGAGCAUCAUCGUUGAGCGAUUCCACCUCGGAAGCCAGUUCAUUAUCACGAAACAAUACUGCGAAAAACUACACCACAACUGCUGUUGACCUCAGUAAUAAACAGUACGCUUUACGGAUCUCUCAAUCACCUCCGUCUCUUUCUCCGAUCAACCUAUCGUCGCCGACAAGUUCACCUCCAUUUGCCACCUCUCCUUUACCAUCCCAAUCACGAUCCACCGAUUUACAGCAAAAUACCUUUGCUUCCCAGCCAUCGAGAUAUCAUAUACCACCUAUUUAUAAUCAAGCUCCUCCGUCGAUCAGAGCAAUAGGUCAACAAAUCGCCCAUAUUAACACGCAUGCCCAAGAUGACAUAGGAAUCCCUACUCCACCGGCUUCAUCAGAUCCCAUUGAUAUGGAGUCAGUUUAUAAACGCAAAAUACCCUCCGUUAUGGAUCAACUAUCCGACAGAACCUUCAAUUCUUUGGAAACAUAUAGCGCUAGUUUUCCAAUUUACCCACUUCAUUCAGCCAUGGAACUACACAAACCAUGAUUUCUAUAUGACAUAACUUACAGGCUGGCCUCAGAGUAUAUAAAACAGUGUCUGGGCUGUAAUGAAAACAAAGGGCUUCUGUAUAAAUUGAAGGUCGUCAUCAGCGAAUUCGAUGACUGUUAUAUAAGUGCUCUCUACUUCACUUCUUUCUUAACCCUUGUGCUCUUAGCAAUGUACAUACAAUCUUAUUUUAUUUACAAAGUAAUUGCUUUUUUGUUUUUUUUUUGGCCAGGAUGUUGUGGAGACAUCAUGGGACAAUUCAAAUCCUUUCUAAUAACAUUACUCUUUUCUUUUCUUAACAAAGAAAGGCAAGUAAUCUAGUGGUUGGUUGAUCACUUGCCAAUGCAACUACUUUAGUUCACACAGACCUUGCUUACUUGGUUUCUUUUUUUUCUCGUGC